AGAAAAGCUUCACGCAAUAUAGCAUCGUCCUCGGUAAAACAAGUUUUUGACAUGGCGAACCGUAUGCACUGACUGCCAAAGCCUUGCUUCUUAUCACCGUCGUCAAGUAGUUUGCUGCUGCAACAACGUAAACGGCACGCGAAGGUCUUCAUCUCCUCCAUAUCCCUCCUUCCUACGUGUGCGUGUAUCUUUUGGCUGUACACAUCAGCAGGCCUAAGCUUUUCAUCAGAUGUUCGGUCCUCCUGGUAGAAGUUCUUCCCGUUUCGUCUUGAAUAAAGCCGCACCGAAAAUAAGCACCAGAUCUGGCCCUCAACAUUUUUCACCAGCACGAAGACCUCCAGCUGCACGAGGAGGAUGGCCAGCUUGCGUUCGUGUUUUGUUUAUGCCAAAGGACGACGAGGAGAGCCGGAGCUGCAGGACGUUUGCCAGCUGCAGGGUUCGCUUCCUCGCGACGUCGAGCUCUGGUGCAGAGGCAGCCAGCUUCGCAGAAACCGUCGUGGACGAGAACAACAAAAGCAGUCUUUACGACGACCUCGACCCCUAUUCCAAAACCGUCUGCAAAGUCGUGGACGAAAUCGGUCCGUCCGUCGUCAGCAUCGGAGCCGCGCGCGCCGCCAAUCUCUUGCAGCCUGGCGGCCAGCAGCACCCACAAUUGAACCCGAACCAGGGCGGCGGCCAACCGUUGCAAAUGGGCCAGGGUAGCGGAUUCGUGUUGUCGCACAAGGAAGGCUUGAUUCUGACGAAUCACCAUGUCAUCCACCAAGCAACGCAAAUCUCCGUCACGUUCACGACCGACGAGUCUUUCAAUAUGGCGGUCUCAAACGUUGGUACUAAUUCUCAACUCUUACAGAAAUAAAUUUGCGAUGCAGGAAUAGCAAAUAAAGCGAAAGCAGGGGCCUUGCGCGUUUUGCAUUACAAAUUCGCGGCAACGCAUUAUUUCCUUGCUGAUGUACCCCGUCUCUAAAAGUAGCUUCAUCGUGUGGAUGUUCGUUUUGAAUUUGAUGGUAUGUAAUUUUGCAGGACAAAUCAAGGUGUUGUGUAAUAGCUGGGAGUGUGCUUAACAACGUUUGAGCGUCCCAUACUCAAGGCGGAAGUUGUCGGGUCGGACCCCAGCACGGACAUCGCUCUGCUGCGGAUCAGCAAACAACUCUUCGCCUCUUCAUCCUCGGAUACCCAAUUCGCGAAGCAGCUAAAACCAUUGCAGUUGAAGACGCCCGAAAACACGAAAAACGGAGAAAAGCUGCAAAUUGCCCGAGUUGGGCAGCUGUGCAUCGCGAUCGGGAAUCCGUUGGGGUUUCAGUCGACAGUGUCCGCCGGGGUGAUUUCAGCUUUGAACAGAACGCUGCGGUCGCAAUCCGGAAUAUCCUGUGCAAAAGUUAAAGUAUCGUACUCGUUGCAUUGCAAGCAUGCAUUACAAAGCUUUUUCCUAAGGUAAAUCAGCAUCACAAAUUUUAUUUCUCAUGCUGAGGAAAUCGAAAUUUGUAAUGCAUUUAUACGAGUGCGAUGGCGAUACUUUCGCAGUUCAUACGGAAGGCUGAUUGACAACGUGAUCCAAACCGACGUCGCGAUCAAUCCGGGGAAUUCCGGCGGGCCCUUGGUCAACAGCAACGGUGAAGUUCUGGGAAUGAACACGGCGAUCAUCCUAUCAACUGUAAAAAUGUCUGGGUCUGGAAGAAUUCAUGUUUGUCAUGCUUGUCUGGCGUGACUCUUAAAUCUGUCAUGCACGUUACCCAAGAGCUUCGCUUUUCUGUGAUGCAGAAGCGCAGUUUGUCAUGCAGAAUAGGCAACACCUAGGAGCUCAGAAACUUGUCAUGCUGGGCCAGCAUCUGUAGCCUCAUCAUGAGACGCCACCCAGCAUCACAAGUUUCCAGACAUCCAGGGAUUUUUACUUUUGAUAUAUCCAGGGCGCGAACAACAUCGCGUUCGCAGUCCCGUCUAUCGCAAGAAAAAACUGUUUCACUGUGAACUUGUGAUGCAGAGAAUGGAGCACAGAACGAUUUGUCUUGCUACACCUGCAAGACAUUGGAUUUUUCAGCGUGUUUUCCCUUGGGAAGACCGCAUGGCAAAUUUUCUGUGUCAUGUGUAACAAACUUGUGAUGCAGAUCUUGCAAGAUCAUCACAGUGAAACAGUUUUUUCGUGGGAUAUCGUCCACCACAAUCAGCUGGGUCUGCUCGCAGUUGCUGACCAAGGGGAAAGUUUUACGCGGGUACAUUGGCGUCGCCGGGUUUGCACGGCCGGUUCGGCCGCAACUGGCCCGGCGGUGGAAAUUAGGUCUCAACUCCACGUAUGCCUUGCAAAACAAAAUAUCGUACUAGUAGGAAUAUUAGCAUGACAAAUAAGAUGCAGCAUGACAAAUUGACAAACGGAAUUUGUAGUGCUGUUUUAGUACCUUAGGAAGCAGGGGAUUUGUCAUGCAGUACUGCGAUAAUUAGUACUGUACAACUACGAGUGCGAUACAACUUUUGCAGUCCAUACCACGAUCUUUCAAAUCGCCGGGAUCGCAGAACACUCGCCCGCCUACAACGCGGGUCUGAUGCCGGGGGAUUUGGUGUUGUCAGUUGACUAUCAACUGCAAAUAUGUCUGGGUCUGGAAGAGUCGGGGUUUGUCAUGCACGUUCUGCAUGACCCCUGAGGUCUGUGAUGCAGGUCCUAGCAUCACUGAGUUUUUGAUGAGGGCUUCUUGAUGCUUAUCAUGCAUGAGAAAUGCCCUCUCCGCGUGCCAAGAACUGAACUCCUCUUGCUGCUCAUGCAACACAGAUAUUUUUAGAUUCCGCAGGCGCAAUACAAGUUCCAGCCUUCCAGACCCAGACAUAUGUGCACUUCAUAGUGACUCCGAGCCGGUCGGGAGCAUCGAUGAUUUGUUCCGGAUACUGUCUGCCAGAACAAUUUCAUCUGGAGGCGCGACAGCACAAUCCUCAAAAUCAAAAUCAGCAAAGGACAGCGCCGAUCCACGUGGGUCCUCUACUACCUCCUCCGAAUCGAACAAGAUUGAGGUGAUGAUUAUCCGCCGUACCGAGGUUUUGAAAAAAUCGAUCGAAGUGGAUUACACGAGUGGAAAUCAAGGUGGGAUGAACAGUAAUUCGGGUGGUCCACCGGGCGGCAGUGGUGGCCCUGGCGGGGGUGGUUCAUCUUCAGGCGGCGGCCCGCGAAUUUUGCGGCAGAUGCAGCACGAUCAUGCGGGGAAGAACCCGGCUGGGGAUGCAGCUCAUUUCAUCCACCCAGCGCUUUCGCUUUUCGAUCACUGGACGAGGGUGUGGUGAAAUUCUCAUCAUGACAUGAUCACCGUGUUUCUGGCGUUUCUGGAAUUCGAAUUGCGCUGAAGAGACCCUGUGGCAGCUUCUCCCAAAGAAGGAGCUCAUACCUCGCACGUACUAAAGUAAGAGAUGGAACAAGAUGUUUUACUGUAGAAAACAAGGCGUGUAGGUUUCACAAUUGCGCCUGCACCGCCCAUGCCCCCGCGCCAUCAAAGCUUGUACUUGUUUUGAUACGCAAAAUGUAUCAAACAAGAUCAACGAACACUGGCACGCGCGCGCAUUGCAAAAUGAAAGAAAAUGAUCCUGCUGUGCCUUUCAGGCAAGUUGAAAACCAUCAGAUCGUUUUUUUUUGAAAAAACCUCUUGAAAUUAAAAAAUUAGUG